AUGAUAUUAGCUAAAGAACUUCAUAAACCAGUUAGAAAAAAAUUUCCUAAACGAAGAAUUUUUACUAAAGGUAUUGAUGAUACAUGGGCUGCUGAUUUAGUUAUAAUGAGAAAUUAUUCUGAUGAAAAUGAGGGUUAUUCUUAUAUAUUAACUGUUAUAGAUACAUUUUCAAAAUUUUCUUGGGCCUUAGAACUCAAAAAGAAAGAUGGAAUUAAUGUUUCAGAAGCAUUUCAAAAAAUAAUAAAACAAGCUAUAUCACAAAAUCAUCAAGCACCAAAUUUACUUCACACAGAUAAAGGUUUGGAAUUUGAAAAUAAACAUUUUAAAAAAGUUUUGCACGAAUAUGGAAUUAAAAUGUAUCACACCCAAAAUGAAGAAAAAUCAUCAAUUAUUGAAAGAUUUAAUAGGACAUUAAACAAUAAAAUGAGAUUACAAUUUGAAGUUACAAAUUCAAAAAAAUGGAUUAAAAUUUUACAAAGUUUAAUAUAUGAAUAUAAUUUCAAAGACAUACAUCGAUCUAUUGGUAUGAGACCUUGUGAAGUAAAUAAAUCUAACGAAGAUGUUGUUUUUCACAAAUUAUUUUCUACAAAAAACAAACCUAAACCAAAAAUUAAAUUAGUGUAG